GACUCGGCGGAGGAGUGUGUAGUCGGCAGAUACUACGGUGCUGGAAAAAGCAUGACAGCAUUUCGGCGGCAAGUAGAUGAAUAUCAUCCGUUGAUACCAGGAUACACAGGAUACAUCCCUCUCAGAUUCUAUCGUGUUGGAACUAGCUUUGGAAAUGAUUCUGUGUGGUGUGUUAAGACCUUUCGUGAUAUUACAGAGAGAAACAAUGACCAGAUAGCUGAACUGAGGCAUACAGCAGCCACCGUGCCACAGCUACCGCCUAUUUGCACUAAUGAAGAAAUAUUAAAUGUACUUGAUGACUAUAAUUACAAACAUCAUCCCAAUGUGCUGGGGCCUGUGGAGACCAAAAGAAGCCUCCUUGAACCACCCAUACCAGGCUGGGGUGGCUUUGUGCCUAGAUCCAAGGUCACCGAAUUUGGUCAUGGAGUACGCUAUCAUGUGAUGGCAGAAAACUGCUACCGAGAUUUUAAAAACUCAUUGGAUGGAGGCAAACAAGAUUUCACGAAAGAAGUGCCUGUAACCAAAGAAUCACACCACCAGAGAUUCUAUAGACCUGAAGGAAUGAUGCCCAAGUACACUGGCCAUAUUCCACACGAACGCUCUGGCGUUGGAAGAACAUUUGGAAAUAUAUGCAGAAGUUGCUCUGUAUGCAGUCACACAGAUGUGAACUAUGGAGCUUAUCUUAGUAAGAAACGUAAAAUGGAAAAAGGUCAACACCAAAUCAAAGAAGACAAGGAAACCUUAAUUGCAUAAUAUUUGAACUGUACCAUUAGAAAAUUAAAAUGAACAUUAAUGUCUGGAA